AUGUCGGGAAAAGAAACGUGCAAUCAGAAUAAAAAGUUUAUUUGCAGUUUUAGUGAUUGUGGUAAGACGUUUGGUCGACAUUCUAGAUUUUUGAUACAUCUGAGGACUCAUACUGGAGAGAAACCGUUUGUAUGUCUUCAUCAAGAUUGUGGCAAGGCAUAUGCUAGAGCUCAGCACCUCAAGCGUCAUGUUGACGUAACUCACUCAAGUACCAGGACUCCUUUAGAGAGUCAAAAAUACGAUUGUGCGUUAUCUGACUGUGAAAAAAGUUUUGUAAGUGAAGACAAUUUAAAAAGACACAUCAAAACUGUUCAUGGUAAACAAUAUAAGGUAAUUUAUAGAUGUACAGUAGAAGGCUGUAAGAAGAAAUUUACAGAUGAGAAUCAGUUAAAACGACAUGAAUUACAACAUGAUAAUUCUAAUCCUUAUCUGUGUCUGUUUCCUGGUUGUGAUUAUUCCUGUAAAAUAGCUCAUCAGUUAAAACGACAUUCUAAAAUACAUGAAGGUUAUAAAUGUAGAGAAGAAGAUUGUGAUGUAAGAUUAGAAACAUGGUCUAUGUUACGUAAACACAUAAUGAUACACCAUCCUAAAGUUUUUGAAUGCGGAGAUUGUCAUCUGAAAUUCAAAAAGAAAAUUCAGCUAAAAAGACACAGUCUUGUUCAUAAUUCAAAUCAGAAGUUGUUUAAAUGUGAACAUGAUGAAUGUGAAAGAGUUUAUUUAGAUCUUCGUAAUUUAAGAGCUCAUAUUAAAUCUUAUCAUGAUGGGCAUCGUUUACAUUGUACUCAUGAGGGGUGCAGUCAAACUUUUGUAAACAAGGCUAAAUUGAUCCAACACAGUAAACUACAUGAUCCAAAUAAACCUCCACCUAAGGUUAGUUCAUAUAUAUAUAAGAGUAUGAAAGUAAAUGGAGUUUAA